UACAGUGCUCUCAGUUCUCUGCAUUUACUUCUUCAUUCUUUCUUUCUUUCUUUCUCCUCUGCUGCUGCUUUUUGAAUCCUUCUCUCCUUCUUUUUAUCAUUAUUUCUCGCGUUCCAUUUGAGAGCUUUCUUCAUAUUCUUGCUAUAACGUUUUGGCUGAGAUGGUUGGUUUGGAUUUGAAUAAAGCAGAGCAGAGAAUACACACAGAUUAUUCUUGGCAUUGCCUUGAUUCUCAUAAUCAUGGACGGUCUAAAAGUGCGUCUUCAGAGCGAGAUCUCCACGUUUCUAGUAAUGAAGCCACACAAUUUGGUCCAAAGACAUCAUCAUCUGCUCAGACAAGAGCAAGCAAGAAACCAAAACCUCUGCAUAAUCGUCAGAUAUUGAUUAGAAACAAUGCCUCUUCUAACGAUAGAGCAUCCUUGGAACGCGAUGUUGAGCAGCUUCACCUUCGUCUGCAACAAGAGAAAUCUAUGAGAAUAGUGUUAGAGAAAGCAAUGGGACGUGCUUCCAGCAGUUUAUCUCCAGGGCACCGACAUUUUGCUGGUCAGGCCAAGGAACUUAUCACAGAGAUUGAACUGUUGGAAGCAGAGGUUGCGAAUCGCGAGCAUCAUGUGCUCUCUCUGUAUCGGAGUAUCUUUGAACAGACAGUCAGCAGAGCAUCCUCAGAGCAAAGCUCAGUUAUUUCUUCUCCAGCUCAUCGAAUAAAGCAGCCCCCAAGAAAACACCCAAGUGUUAUUUCAAAUGCAUUUUGUUCCUCCAAAAAUUUCCCUCCAAGGCCUUGGCAUGCUCUUGUUACUUUUAAAGAUUCAAGUAGAAAAACAUACAAAGCAGAUCAAUCUUCUCAGUUCCAGAACAAACACUCUGUCUCUUCAACAACAAGUUGCUCAAGUCAAGCAAAAUCCCAUUCCAAGGAUUCAGUAACAGAUAAAUCCCCAUCGCAAAGGACUCUAAAGGAUCAUUUGUACCAAUGCCCAAACAAGUUGUCUGAAGAUAUGGUCAAGUGUAUGGCUUCAGUUUACUUCUGGCUCUGCAGCAGUGACAUGUCAGCAGAUCCUGAGAAGAGGAGAAGAUCACCAACCCUAUCAAGAUCGUCGACCAGCAAUGUGAUCAUCCCCAAGAACAUUAUGAAUGAAGACCGAGCUUGGUCCUGCAGAUCCAUGGUGGAAGUCUCUUGGAUCUCAUCAGACAAGAGAAGCUUUUCUCAAGCAUCAUAUGCUAUUAACAACUAUAGGCUCCUCGUUGAACAACUGGAGAGAGUUAGCAUAAAUCAAAUGGAAGGCAAUGCAAAGUUAGCAUUUUGGAUCAACAUCUACAAUUCUCUCCUCAUGCAUGCAUACUUGGCAUAUGGUGUACCUGCUAAUUCCCUCGGAAGGUUAGCUUUGUUUCACAAGUCUGCGUAUAAUAUCGGUGGGCAAAUCAUAAACGCAAACACCAUCGAAUACUCUAUCUUCCGCUUCCAGACUCCAAGGAACGGACGUUGGCUUGAGACCAUUAUUAACACAGCCUUGAGGAAGAAACCAACCGAAGAUAAAGUAAGCUCAGUGUUCAGCCUUUGCAAACCAGAGCCACUUCUCUGUUUUGCUCUUUGCACUGGUGCUCUCUCUGAUCCAGUGUUGAAAGCCUACACUGCAUCAGACGUUAAAGAGGAAUUAGAAGCUUCUAAAAGAGAGUUUGUGGGAGCAAACGUAACUGUAAAGAUGCAAAAGAAAGUGUUGUUACCUAAGUUAAUAGAAAGGUUUACAAAGGAAGCUUCUCUGAGCUCUAAUGAUUUGAUGAGAUUGUUAAUAGAUAACGCAGACGAAAAGCUUAGGGAGUCGGUACAAAAAUGCGUACAAGGUAAACCAAACAACAAGAAAUCUUCUCAGGUCAUUGAAUGGUUGCCAUACAGUUCAAAGUUCCGUUAUGUUUUCUCAAAGGACUUGAUGGAGAAAAAGCCUUGGUGGACUUAGAAGGAUAUUGCUUGUGUUAUAAGAAGCAUCUAAAUUCCUUUGCAUAUGAUUUUGUUUUGUAUGAUGAUGGUGUAUUAGAAUCGUAAGUUGAUUUAAUCGUUUCCCUAUGUAUAUAAGUAUAAAGCUUGAGUUUAUGAUCGUUGAGACAAUAA